AUGGAGUUUGUAGAUGAGACAGAGGCCCAGAGAGUGAUCAGGGGUCCCCUGACCGGCAGGACCAGGGUCCCAGUGAUUCCUGCUCAGGAAAUUUGUGCCACACCCCGGCUGUUUCCAGAUAACCCACAGGAAGGGCAGGUGAAGCAAGGGCUGCUGGGGGACUGCUGGUUCCUGUGUGCCUGCGCUGCCCUGCAGAAGAGCCAGCAUCUCCUGCACCAGGUCUUUCCUCCCGGACAGCCGAGCUGGCUUGAUCAGACAUACCGUGGCUCCUUCACCUGUCGAGUUUGGCAGUUUGGACGCUGGGUGGAGGUGACCAUAGAUGACCGUCUGCCUUGUCUUGCAGGGAGACUCUGCUUCUCCCGGUGCCAGAGAGAGGAUGUGUUCUGGCUUCCGUUGCUGGAGAAGGUCUAUGCCAAGGUCCAUGGAUCCUACGAGCAUCUGUGGGCAGGGCAGGUGGCAGAUGCCCUGGUGGACCUAACCGGCGGCCUAGCGGAAAGGUGGAACCUGAAGGACUUGGCAAGCAGCAGGGGCCAACAGGAUGGGCCCGGCAGCCCAGAGCCCAGGACUUGUCGGCAGCUGCUUGCCCUCAAGGAGCGGUGUCUGAUCAGCUGCUCGGUGUUCAGCCCCAGAGCAGGUGCCCGGGAGUUGGGGGAGUUUCACGCCUUCAUCGUCUCGGACCUGUGCCAGCUCCAGGGUCAGGCUGGUCAGAGUAUCCUGCUACUGCGCAUUCAGAACCCCUGGGGCCGGCGGUGCUGGCAGGGGCCCUGGAGAGAGGGGGGCGAAGGGUGGAGCCAGGUGGACCCAGUGGACUCAUCAGAGCUGCUGUCCCAGCUCCAGGAAGGGGAGUUCUGGGUGGAGGAGGAGGAGUUUCUCCGGGAGUUUGACGAGGUCACCAUUGGCUACCCGGUCACCGAAGCUGGCCACCUGCAGAGCCUCUACUCAGAGAAGGUGCUGAGCCACACCCAGGAGCUGCCGGGGGCCUGGGUCCAGGGCCAGUCCGCAGGAGGCUGCCGGAAUAACAGUGACUUUCCCAGCAACCCCAAGUUCUGGCUGCGGGUGUCGGAACCGAGCGAGGUAUAUGUCGCUGUCCUGCAGCGGCCCCGGAUGCGCAUGGUGGACUGGGCUGGCCGGGCCCGGCCACCGGUGGGGGACAACCGCACUGUGUGGAGCCCGGCGAGCGUCCCCGGCAAGGACUACCCAGCCGUGGGCCUGCAUCUUUGGAAGGUGGAGAAGCGGCGGGUCAGCCUGCCCAGGGUCCUAUCCACACCCCCUGUGGCUGGCACCGCGUGCCAUGCGUAUGACCGUGAGGUCCAUCUCCGCUGUGAGCUCACCCCUGGCUACUACCUGGCCGUGCCCAGCACCUUCCUAAAGGACAUGCCAGGACAGUUUCUGCUCCGCGUCUUCUCCAGUGGACGAGUCUCCCUCAGUGCCAUCAAGACUGCAGCCCAGAGCCCCAACCCCAGGAACACCCUGCUUGCGGGGGAGUGGGAGACCGUGCAGCUGCGGGGCUCCUGGAGGAUCGGCCAGACGGCCGGGGGCAGCAGGAAUUUCGCCUCCUAUCCCAGCAAUCCCUGCUUCCCCCUCUUGGUGCCCGAGGGUGCAGGCCCCCGCUGUGUCCGGAUCACUCUGCACCAGCACUGCCUGGAUGGCGACUGCCACCCCAUUGGCUUCCAUGUCUUCCAGGUUCCAGUGGCCGGCGAGGCCCAGGGCGCGCCCUCCCUGCUGCUGCAGAAGCCCCUGCUGAGCUGCGUGCCUCACAGCUACACUCAGGAAGUGAGCCGUGUCUGCCACCUCUCUGCGGGGACCUAUAGGAUUGUGCCCUCCACCUACCUGCCAGACAUGGAGGGGGCCUUCACGGUGACCAUCGCCACCAGGAUAGACAGGCGCUCCAUUCACAGCCAGGAAAUGCUGGGGCAGCUCCUCCAGGAGGCCUCCUUCAUGGCAGUGAUGAGGACCUAACUGAUGACCCCGUGUGUCAGCUCCGGGGACUGGGGUCCUUGUACUGUGGCCUCGUGCCACCAGCCUGUGCUGCGGCGGCCCGUCCUGAGCUGGGUGCUACGUGUGCCUGUGGCUCCAGAUGAAGAUUCCUCGUCCUGGAGAGAGGCAGCCCCAGUCCGCAGGGAGGGCAAGAAAAGCCCAUCGUCCUGGUCCCCGAGCUGCGACAACAGCUCUGCAGGACCCUCCACGUCUCCCCUGCGGGCUCCAGAGAGGCCUUGUAGCUGACAGGAGUGUCGGCACAGUCUGUGCAGCGUUUCUAGGAUGUAACUGUGUGUGUGCCCUGCCCGGGAGCCGAACUGGCAGCCUUUUGGUGCACAGGUUGACGCUCAACCAACUGAGCCAAACUGGCCAGGGCUCUAGGAUGUAACUUUAUAAAUAAACAUGAGUGCUGAGCAGUUUA